UCUUGACAAAACAACGAGUCGACCAGCAAACAAAUUCCAGCAAAAUGCUUCCUUUUGUGUCGGAAAAAAGAUAAAAGAUUGAUUAAAUCGGGGGUAAAUUCAAACAAAAGUGUUCCGAGGUCGAUUUAAUAAAGAAAAAGGGAUUUAAUAAUUAUUUAAAUAUCAAAUGAUCUGAAGAGAGGAAAAAGAACAAACAAGAGGGAGCGAAACGAGCAUUGGAGUAGAUUCUCCCCAGAACGAAGCAGAACUGCUCCGGAGCUUGAGAGCUCUGGGAAACAAAGGGAAGAUCCGAAUGCAAGCUCAUCGACCCACGUUCCACCACUUUGCCGCCCUCUCGAACGGAUGGCGGCACCGGACGUCCAAGUUCCGAGCUUUCUGUAGCUCCUCCUCUUCUUCUUCCUCGGAUUACUCCAACCAGUCUCGCGGCGGGCUCCCUCGCUUCUUCUCCGACGUCCUCCCUCCCUCCGAGGGUGGGGUGGUUCGCGCAGGAGAUGAAUUCUGGCAUAUGACCAAAGUGUUGAGGUUGAGUACCAACGACAGGGUAGAGCUCUUCAAUGGGAAGGGAGGAUUAGUGAGGGGGAACAUUCAGAGCAUUGAUCGGGCUGGAUUGGACUUCAUGGCUCAGGAAGACCCGAAAACGGUCCCUCCUCAGAUGCCGCAGUGGCAUGUAUUUGCUGCUUUUGGAACUCUAAAGGGUGGUCGAGCCGAUUGGCUUGUUGAGAAAUGUACGGAGCUGGGGGCGAGCAGUGUAACUCCUCUGCUGACUGAGCGAUCUCCUUCAGUCUCAGAAAAUAGGGUCGACAGGCUACAACGGCUCAUCUUAGCUGCAUCAAAGCAAUGUCAGCGGCUUCAUGAAAUGGUACUUAAUCCUCCACAAAAAAUCAAUGACAUUCUACCUUAUAUUCAGAAGUCAAAGCUAUCUUUACUCGCUGUUGCAGAAGCUCCUUCUCUUAUGAGUGCAUUGACUUCAAGCAGAAUUGAACCUGAUGGGAUUAUGAUUGUUGGACCUGAAGGAGGUGCUACUGCUGUUGGCCUAGGGCCACAUCGCCUACGGGUAGAAACUGCCACAAUAGCCCUUCUGGCAACGCUCAUGUUAUGGUCUGAUCAUCAUCAAGUGACUAAAGCUUGAUUGCUUGUUCAUGCCAGCAUCUUCGUCCGGCUUGGUGCUUAUAUCACCCAUGUCAAAAGGAUGAAGCACCGAGCAUGUAUGUUGCAGAUGAAGCUCCACUUAUUAAAUCACAUUUUAACUUGUACUCAGGAUCAGUGGAAGAGAAGACUUACUCGGAGAUGCGGCAUUCCAUUUGCAGCUGCACCAGUGAGGUGAUUAGAAUUCAGAUUACUGUUUAGUAGACAUGGAUGAAAGACAGCAGUGUCGUUUAAGAGAUAAUUAGCUGUUCUUUUUCUUCUUCUUUUCUUUUCUUUUUUCUCCAAGAAAGAAGCCAAUUUGAUGAGGCAGUGAUCUAUCUAGAAAUCUUGAACAAAAGGGGUUAGCAAAGGUCAAAGCUCAGGCCAGUAUUGUCGUCGAUGUUGCUUUUGGCUCAGGGAUGGGGAAAAUUCAAUGUGUUUGACUCUCAGGUUUUGGCAGGCGGAGGAUGUGAAUGCCGGGUGCAUUUGUGGAAAACUAUGAGAGAGCGUGUGGAGUCCAAGUGCCGUUUCCAUUCACGAUGUUGUUGUCCGUAUUUGGUGGGCGGUGGUUUCGAUUAACUGAGGUUGGGUGGUAAUGUAACGUGAUCGUUUUGGUCAGCA